GAUUGCUGCGGACGCCAAUUCUUGAGUUGAUUCCGAAAAAAGUGGGAGAGAGGUCGAUUGCUUCCUUUCCAAGGAAGACGAUUCAAAUUCGAAAUCGGGCAAGCGCCAGUUGCCAGUUGGGUUCGCUUCUCUCUCCGCCCAAUCGAUCGCUCGCUCGCUCUCAUACUUUUUCCGCCCAAAGCACCGCUCCCGACUCCCGAACCGAUCCCCUCCACCUGCUCGACGAAUUUCCCGAUCGAGAUGUACGUUGUGAAGCGGGACGGCCGGCGAGAGCCGGUUCGCUUCGACAAGGUCACGGUGCGGCUCCAGAGGCUGAGCUACGGCCUCAGCCAGGAGCACUGCGACCCAGUGCUGGUCGCGCAGAAGGUUUGCACCGGCGUCUACAUGGGCGUCUCCACUAGCCAACUCGACGAACUCGCCGCGGAGACGGCGGCCGGCAUGACCGCUAGCCACCCUGACUACGCGCUGCUUGCUGCCAGGAUUGCGGUGUCAAAUCUCCACAAAAAUACGCUGGAGUCCUUCUCAGAGACGAUCAAGGUGAUGUAUAAUCACAUCAAUGAGAGGUCUGGGCAGGAGGCUCCUUUGAUUGCUGAUGACAUUUUUCAGAUCGUCAUCAAAAAUGCUGAGCGACUGGAUAACGAGAUUAUUUAUGACCGGGACUUUGACUAUGAUUAUUUUGGAUUUAAAACUCUUGAGAGAUCAUAUCUCCUAAGAGUUUCUGGUAAGGUAGUGGAGAGGCCUCAGCACAUGCUCAUGAGAGUUUCUGUUGGAAUUCACAAGGAUGAUAUUGACUCUGCUAUCAGGACCUACCACUUGAUGUCCCAACGGUGGUUUACCCAUGCUUCUCCUACCUUGUUCAAUGCUGGCACACCAAAGCCUCAACUAAGUAGCUGCUUCUUGGUUUGCAUGAAAGAAGACAGCAUUGAGGGAAUCUAUGAAACUUUGAAAGAGUGUGCGGUCAUAAGCAAGUCAGCUGGAGGAAUUGGCAUUUCCAUCCAUAAUAUUCGUGCUACCGGAUCUUAUAUCCGCGGAACAAAUGGGACAUCUAAUGGCCUCAUUCCAAUGUUGAGAGUGUUCAAUGAUACUGCCCGUUAUGUUGAUCAAGGGGGAGGCAAAAGAAAAGGUGCAUUUGCUGUGUAUUUGGAACCUUGGCAUGCUGAUGUAUAUGAAUUCCUUGAUUUGAGGAAGAAUCAUGGAAAGGAAGAACACAGAGCCAGGGAUCUGUUUUAUGCCCUAUGGAUUCCUGACCUUUUUAUGGAGAGGGUAAAGAGUAAUAGCCAGUGGUCUUUGUUUUGCCCCAGUGAAGCUCCUGGAUUAGCUGACUGUUGGGGCAAUGAGUUUGAAAAUCUCUACACAAAGUAUGAGAGAGAGGGAAAGGCCAGGAAAGUUGUUGCAGCACAAAACCUUUGGUUUGAAAUCUUGAAAUCGCAGAUAGAAACUGGAACACCAUAUAUGCUUUUUAAGGAUACUUGCAACCGAAAGAGCAAUCAACAGAAUCUGGGAACAAUCAAAUCCUCAAACUUAUGUACUGAAAUCAUUGAGUUCACAAGCCCAACUGAAACUGCUGUGUGCAACUUGGCAUCUAUCGCCUUGCCACGGUUUGUGAAGGAGAAAGAUGUCUCAUCUGAGUCUUAUCCAUCCAAACUGGUUGGUAGCAUUGGAUCAAAGAACAGAUACUUUGAUUUUGACAAGCUUGCUGAGGUUACUGCAAUUGUGACGGCAAAUCUCAACAAAGUUAUUGAUGUUAAUUACUACCCAGUGGAAACUGCAAAGAGAUCAAAUCUACAGCAUAGAGCAAUUGGUAUCGGGGUUCAAGGUUUGGCCGACACUUUUAUCUUACUGGGCAUGCCUUUUGAGUCACCUGAGGCUCGACAGCUGAACAAGGAUAUAUUUGAGACUAUAUACUAUCACGCUUUGAAGGCUUCUUCAGAAAUUUCAGUCAAAGAAGGCCCCUAUGAGACAUAUCAAGGGAGUCCAGUAAGCAAGGGAAUCCUUCAACCCGACAUGUGGAAUGUAGUUCCGUCAGAUCGAUGGGAUUGGACAGCUUUAAGGGAAAUGAUAUUGAAGCAUGGAAUCAGAAACUCCCUUCUUGUUGCUCCUAUGCCUACUGCUUCAACCAGUCAGAUUCUUGGCAACAAUGAAUGUUUUGAACCCUACACAUCUAAUAUUUACAAUCGCAGAGUUCUGAGUGGAGAAUUUGUUGUGGUCAACAAGCAUCUAUUACAUGACUUGACCGCAAAGGGUCUUUGGUCACUGGAUUUAAAGAAUAAGAUCAUCAAUCAAGAUGGUUCGGUUCUUAACAUUCAAGAGAUUCCAGAUGAUUUAAAAGCAGUUUACAAAACUGUCUGGGAAAUCAAGCAAAGGACAUUGGUUGACAUGGCAAUCGAUCGCGGGUGCUACAUUGAUCAGAGCCAAAGCCUUAACAUUCAUAUGGAUCAACCUAACUUCGGGAAACUAACUUCACUGCAUUUCUACGCUUGGUCUAAGGGACUAAAGACUGGGAUGUACUAUCUUCGUUCGCGAGCAGCUGCAGACGCAAUCAAGUUCACUGUCGACACUCUGCACUUGGGGUAAAAGAAAACUGAGCCAGUCGAGAAAGGCGAUGAAAUUGCCUGUGCUUUAGAAAACCGUGAAGAUUGCAUGGCUUGUGGAAGUUGAACCAUCUCAUGUUGCAGCAAGCAAGAGAUUCAUGGUCCCUGGAUUAGGCAUCCUUAACUUGGUAUUAACUUGGUAUUAUAGUAUGGGUGGUGGCUUAUUUUGGUUACACUAAAUAGAUAUCUGUUUCUUCUAAUAUAACGAAUAGCUAUCUUAUUUGCAAUCUGCACCGUCCAUUUGCUACUGACAUGUGGAUGUCUUCAAUAUCGCGAUUGGGUAAAUCAUUCAGGUCGCUAACAGAUCUAUCCUGCAUUUGAAAACUAUGCCCUAAAAAAGUGCAUAUAUAUAGUAUGUUAAAUGUAAUGAUGGUUGAAUUUCAAUUUACCUAUAAGAUUUUAUUUGCAUGUAAAUGUUAUUUUAAAUUGUCCAAGUGCCAUUUCGAAAUGUUAAGUUGAAAUUGAUAUUUUAAAUUAAAAUUAAUUCAUUGUUGUA